AACAACGACGAUUGGACAGAAAUGUGUUUCAAUAAACGCCUGAUCAAGCUGGCUGACUACUUCCGAUUACAAUCCAAUAUGACUCGUUAGUGAGCCACUGAAAACAUAGACAGUCGACAUGACAUGCAAUACGAAAAUCGUAAUCACGAAGCUACUAGUAUGCUUCCUCUUGUCUGGCGUAAGAGGAAGAUCAUGGGCCAGCCACCAUGACACUACCACCUCUACUACUCAAACUACACCCACCACUAGCCCGGCUCCAAAGAACUUCCACAACGAUCCGCUUGUCGUCGAGACUAAGAGCGGUCUCGUUAAAGGUUAUGCCAAGACGGUCAUGGGUCGUGAGGUACAUAUAUUUACCGGAAUACCAUUCGCGAAACCGCCUCUAGGUCCACUAAGGUUUCGAAAGCCAGUUCCAAUCGAACCAUGGCACGGCGUUCUAGAUGCCACCGCUAUGCCCAAUAGCUGUUAUCAAGAACGAUAUGAGUAUUUUCCUGGAUUUGAAGGUGAAGAGAUGUGGAACCCUAACACGAAUAUAUCAGAGGAUUGUUUGUAUUUGAAUAUUUGGGUUCCUCAGCAUUUACGAGUUCGCCAUCAUCAAGAUAAGCCUCUGGCUGAGAGACCAAAAGUGCCGAUACUAGUGUGGAUUUACGGUGGAGGGUAUAUGAGUGGGACCGCAACCCUUGAUUUAUAUAAAGCUGAUAUUAUGGCAUCGUCAAGUGAUGUUAUAGUGGCUUCCAUGCAGUACAGGGUGGGAGCAUUUGGAUUUUUAUACUUGAAUAAAUUCUUUUCGCCGGGCAGCGAAGAAGCGCCUGGUAAUAUGGGACUUUGGGAUCAGCAACUGGCAAUACGUUGGAUAAAAGACAAUGCGCGGGUAUUUGGUGGAGAUCCUGACUUGAUUACACUGUUUGGGGAGUCAGCUGGAGGAGGAAGCGUCAGCUUGCAUAUGCUUUCACCAGAGAUGAAGGGAUUGUUCAAGAGGGGUAUAUUACAGUCGGGAACCUUAAACGCACCAUGGAGUUGGAUGACAGGAGAACGUGCUCAAGAUAUUGGGAAGGUGUUAGUUGACGAUUGUAACUGUAACAGUAGUCUUCUGUCCGCGGAUCCGAGCCUAGUUAUGGAUUGUAUGAGAGGAGUAGAUGCAAAAACGAUUUCCGUGCAACAAUGGAAUUCAUAUACGGGAAUAUUAGGAUUUCCGUCAGCUCCGACAGUCGACGGCGUAUUUUUACCAAAAGACCCUGACACUAUGAUGAAGGAAGGUAGCAUCCACAACACGGAAGUACUUCUUGGAAGUAAUCAAGAUGAAGGAACAUAUUUUUUGUUAUACGAUUUUCUCGAUUAUUUCGAAAAGGAUGGACCGAGUUUUCUACAGAGAGAAAAAUUCUUAGAGAUUAUCAACACGAUUUUCAAGGACUUCUCUAAUAUCAAAAAAGAAGCAAUAAUUUUUCAAUAUACGGAUUGGGAAGAAAUAACCGACGGUUAUUUGAACCAGAAGAUGAUAGCAGACAUAGUGAGCGAUUACUUCUUUGUGUGCCCCACUAAUUACUUCGCGGAGGUUCUGGCUGAAACUGGCGUUGACGUCUACUACUACUACUUUACACACCGCACGAGCACAAGCCUCUGGGGCGAGUGGAUGGGUGUGAUGCACGGGGAUGAGAUGGAGUACGUGUUCGGGCAUCCGCUCAACAUGUCGCUGCAGUACCAUACGAGGGAGCGGGACUUGGCCGCUCACAUCAUGCAGUCUUUCACUAGAUUUGCUCUUACUGGCAAACCUAAUAAGCCAGAGGAGAAGUGGCCGCUCUACUCUCGCGCGUCACCUCACUACUACACGUAUACUGCGGACGGGACAAGCGGGCCGGCGGGGCCACGCGGCCCGCGCGCCAGUGCCUGCGCCUUCUGGAACGACUUCCUGAACAGGCUCAACGAAUUGGAGCGUGUUCCGUGCGAUGGGGCAGUGACUGGACCCUACAGCAGUGUGGCCGGUACUACUCUGCCUGUGGUCCUGCUCACGGCACUGGCCACCACCGCUGCUCUUUAAAUAAAACAAUAAAAAA